AUGCAUACUACGACAUAAAGUUUCACUUAUUGCGGCGGCACCUAUGAAGGGAGCUGGUGAGCUGAUGCGCGCGCUUAUGAUGACUACACUGAAGUGAACAUAUUUACAACCCAUCAACUAGAUCAUAAAAGCUCUGAGAGCAACUAAAUAAAAUCCAACUUCUUUAAAAAGAAGAAAAAAAAAAGAAAAAACCGCCGAGAAUCGAAAUGACAGCGACAGCUAGCAGCAGGGAUAAAAUCACUGCGUCUCUGAAUGAUCUGAUGCGCUGUCUGCCAUCACACGGAUUCUCUCUGGACGAGUCCCCCGCAUCGCUCUUCUCUCACGGGGAUGUGGGGGUCUGUUCGGACCAGUUCAGUGAGGCGUCGGGAGGUGGCUUGAGCAGCGAUAGCUUCGGCGUGACAGACCCGAGCAAGUUUUCUCCACACAGUGCGCCUGUCGCCUAUACGGGGAAAAUCUCCAUCGACGCGCAAGGAAGCUGGAACCAGGAGGAAAUAAUCAACUUUGUCAGCGCAGAAGUGCAAGACAGGCCACCUUCCCCGGGAUCAUUCUCCACGGGCUCAGACCCAGACUGCUCCAAAAUAGCUCAAACCCUUGCCAACAUGGAGCAUAUGUACACAGGCCCGCCCCCUUACACCUGUAGUGCCGAUGGUUACCAGGACCCCUCGGCUUACCUAUCGACCACCACGUGCCCCUUAACUUACGCAACUCCGUCCUACUCAACCCCAAAGCCAUCUAUAGACGGGACGCUUUUCUCCAUCAUUCCAGAAUAUGGGGGGUUUUAUCAGACCAGCAACAGCCAAAGGGACAACAUGGCUGUGUUUCAGGACAUCAAGCCAUUUUCGUGCGCUUUGGAGUCUAUCAGAGUCCCUCCACCCCUGACUCCCUUGAACACCAUUAGAAAUUUUACUCUGGCGUGUCCGGUUGAGGGGCCGAGGCCGCCUGUGCAUUGCACCAAUCCGCAAAGCGUCCCACUCAGGCCGAUUCAGCGGCCACGGAAAUACCCGAACCGACCGUGCAAGACGCCGGUUCACGAGCGGCCGUACCCCUGUCCGGCGGAGGGAUGCGACCGGAGGUUUUCGCGCACGGACGAGCUGACGCGCCACGUGCGCAUCCACACCGGCCACAAGCCGUUCCAGUGCCGCAUCUGCAUGCGCAGCUUCAGCCGCAGCGACCACCUCACGACGCACAUACGCACGCACACUGGAGAGAAGCCCUUCUCCUGUGACUUCUGCGGGAGAAAGUUCGCCAGGAGCGACGAGCGAAGGAGGCACACAAAAAUCCACCAGAGACAGACGGAUAAAAAGGGGUGCGCGCCUCCUCAGAGCUCGAGCGCCGGCGGAACCCCGACCUGAACUACAGUAUAACAAACUCCGACUGCUGGGACAGCUAGUCAUUGUCCCAUUCAAACCUGGAACUUUUUUUUUGUGUGCGCACAAAUAUACGAAGGCAGCUUAUGAUUUAAAUGUUGAAUGUGGUCUGUUGUAGUACCUAGACAACGUCCUCAUCAGAGAAUAUUUAAUGUGGUGCAAAUUGCAGUUGUUAUAAAUAUAGUGUUUACAGUGAGUCUUUUUUAUUGAUAUUAUUACUGUUAUGUGUCUCAAUAAAAUAAUGAUAAACACAAGG